AGACGAGAGAGAAAAAAAAAAUUGACUUGAAUAACACUAAACACAUCCACACAAUAAAAUAAAAUUUAAUAAUUAUUAUUUUCUUUUGAAAAUCGCAGACCACUGUGAAAAUAAAAUCUGUGAUCGACUUAACUAAUUGUUAAAUAUUUUAGUCUAAAAUAUGGACGAGGUUGCAAAAUUAGAGCACCUCUCUCUUGUGUCUAAGAUUUGUACAGAAUUGGAUAACCACUUGGGCUUGAAUGACAAAGAUCUAGCUGAAUUUAUCAUCGACUUAGCAGACAAAAAUCCAACCUUCGACAACUUUAAAAAGGCUUUAGUCGACAAUGGAGCGGAAUUCUCGGACUCGUUUAUGACGAAUUUGCUUCGUAUAAUUCAGCAUAUGAAGCCUAUUGGUAGUGAAAGCGAGAAAAGUGAUCAGAACAAUAAAUCAUCGCACCCUUUGGCUGCAAAGUUUCCGGGCUUGGCCAUACCUAAUGACAAACCUGCAACAUUCUCUUCAGAUGAUGAAGGUGAAGAAGAGGCAAAGGAUGAUCAAAAAAACAAAAGAAUCACAUCAAAGGAUAUAUUUAAAAAUGAGUCAAAAACAAAAGAAUUGUGUAGUGUGGUUGAUGAUGCAAUGGCUGCAUUAGAGGCUUUAGCCCCUUCAAAAAGUGGUACAAAAGAUGAGUCAAAGCAUGACGUUAAGAAAAGAGAACACAGUCAAGAUAGAAAAGACGGUAAGAAAGAUAGCACAGUAAAUAAGAAAAGGCGAAGCAGGAGUAAAGAUAGAAGUAAAAGCAGAGAAAGAGAUAAAAGGAGUCAUAGUAGGGAGAAAAAAAGAGUUAGGAGUCAUAGCAGAGAUAGAGAAAGGAGCCGGAGUAGAGACAGAGAUAGAAAAAGAUCUAGAAGUCGUCAGCGCCACAGAUCUAGGUCAAGAGAUAGGUCUAGAAGGUCUAAGGACAGAUCUAGGUCUAAAGAUAGGUCUAGAAGGUCAAAAGACAGAUCUAGGUCCAGAGGUAGGUCCAGAAGGUCAAAGGACAGGUCCAGGUCAAGAGAUAGGUCUAGACGGUCAAAGGACAGAUCCAGGCAUUCACAGUCAAGAGACAGGUCUAAAAGGUCACGGUCAAGAGACAGGUAUAAGGGAGGCAGGGCAAAGCACAGGAAGUCUAGGUCUCAUUCUCGGGACAGAGAAGUCAAGAAUAGGUACAGGGAUAAUGAUUAUGAAAGGAAGCCUCUAAGGAAGAAGAGUCCAGAUGUGGAGAUCAGCGAUGAUCCAGAGCCAGGAAAGAUAUACAGCGGACGAGUGGCCAACAUAGUGCCGUUUGGAUGUUUUGUACAAAUGGAGGGCUUGAGGAAGAGAUGGGAAGGUCUGGUCCACAUCUCACAGCUCAGGUCAGAGGGCAGGGUCACCAAUGUGUCUGAUGUGGUCUCUAGAGGAGACAAGGUCAAGGUUAAAGUUCUGUCUGUGACUGGACAAAAAGUGUCGCUUACAAUGAAGGAUGUUUGCCAAGAAACUGGCAAGGACUUGAACCCAGCAUCUCAUGCACACUUGGAGGCUGAACGUGAAGGUCGCAACCCGGACAGGCCUCCGCCCGCGGCCACGGUGCUGGCGGGGCUGCAGAGCGGCAUCGACCCUGACGAGGACUCCAGCCGGAAGCGAGUCACGAGGAUCUCCAGCCCCGAGAGAUGGGAGAUUAAACAGAUGAUAUCAUCAGGGGUGAUCGACAAGAGUGAGCUACCAGAUUUCGACGAAGAAACCGGCCUCCUGCCCAAGGACGAAGAUGGCGAAGCGGAUAUUGAGAUUGAACUCGUGGAAGAGGAACCUCCCUUCCUGCAAGGCCACGGGAGAGCGUUACACGACCUGUCGCCUGUGAGGAUCGUGAAGAACCCUGAUGGGUCGUUGGCACAAGCGGCCAUGAUGCAGUCUGCCUUAGCCAAGGAAAGGCGGGAACAGAAAAUGCUGCAAAGGGAACAAGAGAUGGAGAGUCUACCAACUGGCUUGAACAAAAACUGGAUAGAUCCCUUACCCGAGGCAGAUGGCAGGACCCUCGCAGCCAACAUGAGGGGCACCGGGAUAGCUCCUCAGGACCUGCCGGAGUGGAAGAAGCAUGUGAUUGGAGGCAAGAAGUCAUCCUUUGGCAAGAAGACCAACUUGUCUUUGUUGGAGCAGAGACAAUCGCUGCCUAUUUACAAGUUGAGGGAUGAGUUGACUAAGGCGAUAUCAGACAACCAAAUCCUGAUCGUGAUUGGUGAGACUGGAUCCGGAAAGACGACUCAAAUAACGCAGUACGUGUGCGAGUGCGGGCUGGCGGCGCGCGGGCGCGUGGCGUGCACGCAGCCGCGCCGCGUGGCCGCCAUGUCCGUCGCCAAGCGAGUCGCCGAGGAGUUCGGCUGCAGAUUGGGCCAGGAAGUCGGGUAUACCAUUCGUUUUGAGGACUGCACGGGACCUGAUACUGUUAUCAAGUACAUGACAGACGGUAUGUUGCUUCGCGAAUGCCUAAUGGAUCUAGAUCUCAAAAGCUAUUCCGUCAUCAUGUUGGACGAAGCUCACGAAAGAACCAUUCACACAGACGUGCUAUUCGGCCUCCUCAAACAAGCCGUGCAAAAGAGGCCUGAGCUCAAACUCAUAGUCACCUCAGCUACAUUAGACGCUGUGAAAUUCUCCCAAUACUUCUUUGAAGCGCCUAUUUUUACCAUACCUGGUAGAACUUUCCCUGUAGAAGUCUUGUAUACUAAGGAACCUGAGACGGAUUAUUUGGACGCGUCUUUGAUCACGGUGAUGCAAAUACAUUUGCGGGAACCUCCGGGGGAUAUACUCUUGUUUUUGACCGGUCAAGAGGAGAUCGAUACCGCGUGCGAGAUUUUGUACGAAAGAAUGAAGUCUUUAGGACCUGAUGUACCAGAACUAAUAAUUCUGCCGGUGUAUUCUGCGUUGCCGUCCGAAAUGCAGACAAGGAUCUUCGAGCCGGCGCCGCCUGGGUCUAGGAAGGUGGUGAUAGCCACUAACAUAGCAGAGACGUCGCUAACGAUAGACGGAAUCUACUACGUGGUGGAUCCAGGGUUCGUGAAGCAGAAGGUGUACAAUUCAAAGACUGGGAUGGAUUCGUUGGUUGUCACUCCGAUAUCACAAGCAGCGGCAAAGCAGCGAGCUGGUCGCGCGGGCCGCACCGGGCCGGGCAAAACGUACCGCCUGUACACGGAGCGCGCGUACCGCGACGAGAUGCUGCCCACACCCGUGCCCGAGAUACAGCGAACCAACCUCGCUACUACUGUGCUACAACUGAAAACUAUGGGCAUCAACGAUCUGCUACACUUUGACUUCAUGGACGCGCCGCCGGUGGAGUCCCUCAUAAUGGCACUAGAACAGCUGCACUCGCUCUCUGCACUGGAUUCCGAGGGGCUGCUUACACGACUGGGGCGACGGAUGGCGGAAUUCCCCCUGGAGCCGAACCUGUCGAAGAUCCUCAUCAUGUCGGUAGCGUUGCAGUGCUCCGACGAGAUCCUCACCAUCGUGUCGAUGCUCAGCGUGCAGAACGUGUUCUACCGGCCCAAGGACAAGCAAGCUCUGGCCGACCAGAAGAAGGCCAAGUUCAACCAACCUGAAGGUGACCAUCUGACCCUACUGGCCGUGUACAACAGCUGGAAGAACAACAAGUUCUCCAACGCCUGGUGCUACGAGAACUUCGUGCAGAUCAGAACUCUGAAGCGCGCGCAAGAUGUGCGUAAACAGCUGCUCGGCAUUAUGGACAGGCAUAAACUUGACGUGGUGUCAGCGGGUAAGAAUACGGUGCGCAUCCAGAAAACGAUCUGUUCGGGCUUCUUCCGCAAUGCUGCCAAGAAGGACCCGCAAGAGGGGUACCGCACACUCGUCGACAGCCAAGUGGUCUACAUACACCCCUCCAGCGCGCUGUUCAACAGGCAACCGGAAUGGGUUAUUUACCACGAGUUGGUGCAAACCACCAAGGAGUACAUGCGAGAAGUGACCACAAUAGACCCUAAAUGGCUGGUGGAGUUCGCACCCGCCUUUUUCAAGUUCUCCGACCCCACCAAACUGUCCAAAUUCAAGAAGAACCAGAGAUUAGAACCUUUGUACAAUAAGUACGAAGAACCUAACGCCUGGAGAAUAUCCAGAGUCCGAAGACGUAGAAAUUAGGGUUAUUUUAUUGGUUAAAUAAAAAUGUGAUUAAGUGA